UCGGUUAGGGAGCACGGCUGAAGGUUGCGGCGCAUUUCAACUCGCAUCCUCGUUGUUCGUACGUGUUUUUAACUCGAGUGAGUGUUUCGAGAAUAAUGUGGAGGGUCGAAAAUGAAAUGAAAUGCCGGGCGUUCGUGCCAGCAUCCGCUGUGUCGGAUACGAUGCGUGGUUGCGAAGUCGUGUCCAGUCGUCGCGACGCACAUUUUUCUACUAGAAAAUUUUUUGUUGAUUACACAGAAUUAUAACUUUUGCACAAAAUAUAACGCAGUGGAGACAAAAGAAAAUAUAUGAAAUAUUCCUUAUUCAUAUAUUCAAUAUAUUUAUUCCGUUCCUUAUUCUCUGUUCUUUGAUUCUUUUAUUGCAUGCAAUCGUUUUAGGUUAUCGCGUCCUCUCUUCAAAUAUUUUGCACGCACAUGCGCACGCAGUCGCGUCAUUUUUGACCGCCACAACGACAGCGGGAAACGGUUCGGUACGUGUUGUGCGAUCACUCCGUAAUUGAUCGCGAAUUUUACUCGUUAAUAUCUAUUUCUGCCAGAAUAGAUUAACUUUAAUAUUACUUUAACUUAUUCUUUAUUCUUUUCUAAUCCUGAUAAUUAGAAUAAACCGAGAUUAACUUAAACUACAUGAGUGAGUAAAAAUGAGUAGUGUACGGGCAAACACGAAAUUUCGUCGGAAGUAUUUAAAUGUGCCGAUUAAAAUGAUGAGUGAUCAGUGAAGCGUAUCAAUCAUCGAGGAUCUUUGCAAGCAACGCCGUUUCAUCGGUCGCAAUCAACGCACCAUGACUCGAAGCCGAUCCAGUUUCGUUGGCAGAAGGGAUCGCCAGUCACCCCCGAGUCCCGGCACGGUCCGUCCGCUACCCGUUAUUGAUCGUGGAUCGAGAAGAUAAUUCGCCGAUAGGAGGCUCGUGCGGCCCCAGGAACGGACACAAGAAUCUUCCCAAGGAUCCUCCGAUGUUGUGGAAGUGAUCGCAGACGGUAGUCGGACCUCGGGAAACGGGAUGAGUGUCGCGGAGUGUCGCGUUUCGGUAAUUGCGUUACAAGCAUCGCGUCGUGUAUGAGAGGGACGUGUUUUGACGGGUAAAGGACGGAAAGAACGCGAAGGUCGAAGAUGCGUGGCGAAAAAUGCGUAUCGAAAGCACGAGGAGCACAAAGGUGAGAGAGGUAGUGUAGUGAAAAGUAUUUGGGAGUGCCUCUAAGACGGAGUAACGACUUCGCGAAAAUUGCGAGGUGCCUACGUCACGCGAGCAGUAAUGGCGGGCGAGGGGGAGCAACAUCUUUUCCCGCUUGAUUUCCGAGGAGCUUCCGAUACGGAGGAAGUGGUUCCAGACGGCGAUCGCGUCCUGGUGAAACAAAACGGGCGUCGCGGAGUACCGCGUUUUGGCGAGAGUUGCGUCGCAAGUAUCGCACCCUGUGUAAACAAAACGUGUUUCGACGGACAAAGAACGGAAAGAACGCGUGUCGAAGGUGCGUGGCGAAAAGUGCAUAUCGAAAGCACGAAGUGAGAAAAGUGAUGCGUGAUCAAAAGUGCUUGGAAGUGCCUGCAAUGAUGAAUUCGAGAAAAUUCCAAGAUGGACGUGCGGCGAGCAGUAUAAUGGGAGCGGACGAAGGAAGCAACAUAUUUUUUUUUUUCAAUUUCCGGACGUAGUCAUCAAAAAUUUGUCAUCGUUCCUGUUUCAGCUUACAUCGAUGCGAUGGGAAUAAUCGGCGGAUCGAUGAUAAAAGCCCGGUCGGGGCUUUUACAAGCUGCUCGUUUAGCUACGGGUUCCAGCGACGCUCAUAAGUUGUUCUCCGUACUUUGCUAACGUGUCGCCGUAAUUAUAAGACGGGAUGUCGUAUCGGCGGAAAAAAGCUUUUUGAUCUGAGCAAAGUCAUUGAAGGAUUUAAGGAGACGAGUAAGGGUCUACAUGAGUCUAAUUUCGCCGGGGAACGAAGAAGACCGGAGUCCGGCAGAUAGAUCCGAAAGAGAGGAAAAAGGCGGAAAAUAGUGGAAACGGUCUGGCACAUGUUACAAGCAUAAAGAAAGAAAGGGUAGCGAAGAGCCAGCAGCAGCGAGAGAGUGGGAAGGCCGUUACUCUCGCGAUCGCCGUCGGUAGAAGCGAUGAUUGUGUCUUCAUGUUAUACCCGAAGGAACGGAGUAAUACGUUCCGAGAAGAAGGAACGUGAAGUAUAGGGUGCAUAAAUCAGGACGCGCGUAGAAAUGAAGAUUCUGUCUGGGAAGAGGAAUAACGGCAGCGGGAGUGCGAAAUUUUACGUGACAUAAAGCCCUUUUGCCCAAUGACGCGGAAAAAGUGUGUCUGAUAAACAACGGCGCGGGCAGCUGAUCUCUUUUUUGUAAAUUUUGUAUUCUAAAUUUCUGUAUCUGUCGCCAUCGACAGCAUACGUGUUAAUCUCGUGUCGAGCACCAAUUAGAGCCAAGAGACGCGUGAUCGCGCUUAAUUAAUUUCGCUGCUUCGCGAGUCGAUUAUGUCGUACUGUCGCACUCGACCAUGAUCUAGAAUCUACGAGAUUAAUUGCUCACGUACAUAGUAAAAAUCAAAACGCCUCACUCUUUCUGCUUGAUCACCGGCACAACUCCUCGAAAUUAAUAUUGCUGUUGAAUCUUUAUCCCUCGACAAUCCAUUAGCAUGUCGAUCCCUCGCUCCUAUUAAUACGCAGACUUGCUUUAAUGAAAUUCCCCGUUUGAGAGCUCAUUGAUUGAAUCGCGUAUAAAUAUUAUGCGUGUAGAAAUCACGCAGCAGCGUAUUCUUGAAAUUUCCUUCGAGCUAUUAUCCGUCGGGCGACUCGCAACGAUAUGAAAAUACCAGCUAUUAGACGCGACGGAAUGUCGGUAAAACGAUGGCGGUAUCGAGAGUUUCGUUCGAUUGCGUAGAUAUUCAACGGCUGUGACGUAUUGUUGUGCACCCGUGUUCGGACGAAAAAAAAAAAAAGAGAGGAAAAAGAGAGGAACGCGCGGAAGAAGCAGGUGUAGCGUACAAAAACGGGACGGAGGCAUGUCGGAGAAGAUGAUAUCGAGGCGAAGAACUGAUUGAAACGAGAGAGAAAAAAAUGACAACUGUCGAGGCCGUUAGUGAAAUGAGUGCGGUACGCCGGGUGGUAUGGUUCAGCGCCGUGUUAUUCGCUGCGACUCCUUUGGCCUACACUCAAGUGACAUGGACGCCGAUCUACGUGGGAGGAUACAGUCAAGUUGACCUCUGGACACAGAGCACCACCGGCUGCGCUUGCAGCUUUAACUCAUCCAGCAACGAUUGCGCUUGUUGCGUACCAUCGGGCGGCUGCAGCUGUGGUGCAUCUUCACCCGACCGAUGCGCUCAGUGCGGCCUGGAGCAGCAUUGCGCGAAUAUGUGCAACAUAACGUUGGACAGCAGGCAGCUGUUCAGCAAAUCGGAUCGUGGCUUCGGGCAAAUAAAGUCACCGUAUCUUCAAGGGCCCUCGAGGUGUACAUACAGAUUCGUGCCGGAUACUGGACAGCGAGUCGAGCUGCAGAUAUAUCGACUGGUGUCCAUCGGCAGACACAACGGCACCGCGUGCGAGGGCGGUUGGCUUCAACUCGAGGGCAGUGCUCGCGUUUGCGGUCGGAACCAACGCUUCGACCGACCGGUCGUUCUCUUCUCGGACAAGCCGAUCGCGACUCUACAUAUGCAGAUAAACGAGAACACCACACGGUCUCAGUUCCUGGCCUACUUCAGCUUCUCGUCCAAAGCGAGCACGUCCGUCGGCUGGCCGGUGAGGGGCGGACAUCCGGUUAACAAUACGGAAUGCGACUCGGUAUACGAAGACACGGAUUGCCACGACGGAUGCGUUUUAGCCAGUCCCGGAUAUCCUGGGCUGUAUCCGCCAAACAUCCGCUGCCGGUAUCUGAUCACCUCUGGCCCGCGGAUCUCAAUCGCCAUCAACUUUACGGCGGUGCUUCUUCCGUACAACCAUUGCACCAGCGACUACAUCGCCGUCUACUCGGGCCCGACCACGUCGAGCCCAUUGCUGAAGAUGCUUUGCGGCAAAGAAAAGACGGAGCUGAAGUACGACGGUCAAGAGCUCCUCGUCGAAUUCAGAACUGGUCCAGAAGUAUCGCCGUUCGACUAUAACGGCUUCGUUGCGACGCUGAAUUUUAUAGAAGUGACGACGGAAGCUCCAACGACAAUCGCUAUCGACACCGUGAAUAAAAGUCUCGAAUUGAUGAAGUCUAACAAUAACCGCGAUCUUCACGACCACCGCAAGGACCAAGGUGGUACCGUGAUCAGCAGCUGCGACCUCGAGGUGAGCGGCGAGAAGGUCCGGGCGGGCCACCACGACACCAGGGGCAAGCCCAAGUCCACGACGUGCAGACUCGUGCUGCGUGGCCGUACUUACGACACCGGACACGUCUCCCUAGCCAGUUACAACCUUAGCGCACAGUCCUGCCAGUCGACGAUCGAGAUAUUCGACGGUUCGCUUGAGAGCGGAAUGCUGGAUACAGCCAACUCCUUAGAGAGGAUCUGCAGCCCGGCGCAGUGGCUCCCGCGGGAACUCGCGAGUCAGGAUAAGUACGUUGAGCCGAAACGGUACUCGUCCAACGGCCGAGACAUGACGGUGGUUUUAAGACGCGCCUCUAACAGCCCCACCGACGAGGAGUACAUGGAGGUCUCGUACUACUUCCACGACGAACGUGAGGGUGGCACUCAGCAGCCGGCCAGCGUGUGCGACGUCGAAUAUUACGGGUUGACGUCGCCGGUGGAGGGUUCGGUGGUGCAUCCAGAACCACAUCGGCUGUUCGCCAUGGAAGGCCCGGUGAAGUGCCGGCAGCAUUUUAUACCAGCGCCCAAUCAAUCGGUGAUCAUUACCGUGAAGGGUAGCACGAAGCAGACGCCGAACAACCCGUGCGAGACCAAGUGCGGCGACAGCGGCUGCCACUGCGUUAGCAAGUCCCUGGAGAACAUGGACCACCUCCUGCUCGUCUCCGAGACCGGACACAUUGUCACCUGUCUCUGCGGGAAUUACCAGGACUGGCUUCCGGUGGGCAUUCGUAGCUGGACCCCGGUCUAUAUCGAGUGGUCGAGGUCGUCGAGAGCGGGCCUCAAUUUCCACGCAGCCUACAAGUUUAUCAAUGACACUUACUGCGGCGAUCAUACAACAGCGGAGCCGGAAGGCGAGGUCAAUGGCGGUGAUCUGGCGAGCGCCGGGCUCAAGCUGAAUCAGUAUUACCAGCAGAAGUGUACCUGGAUUCUGGACUCGCCGAUCGACCGGCAGCUCGUCAUCGAAGUCAAGUCCACUCAAAGCCGGCCCUGCACGGCGUGGAACCUGACGAUACACGAGUACAGGAAGAACGGCGACCCCGCCGGACCCAGACUGCACACGUUCUGCUCGAGGGACACGCACAAGAAUUUCACCCUGCCGUGGAAGAUGAAUACCGCGGUGGUUAGGCUGCAGGCCCUUGGGAGGACGGCCCCGCAGUACACGAUGAGAUGGCGGAGUCAGACGAUCACCGCCAACACUCGCAAAAGCGGACCAUCGCCAGCUCCGAACUGGCACGUAGUAGGCUCCUCGAGCAACGCCGAGCCACGUGGGACGGCCCUAAUUCUCAUCCUCGUGUUCGCGAUUCUACUCGCACGCCCGUUCGACUGUUGAGACUGUUAAAACUCGGGGAAGAGCGCGUUAAUGCACACACGUUCCUGUUAAUCGCGGAAAAUCGCGAAGCCCACGUUACUGUCUCACGUGUACAUAAAGGUGAGGACUCGCGCCGGUCCUCGUUUUACGUCGCUCGAUGUGAGAUGUUUUAAAAAAGACGGCACAUCCCGGCACCCUCUCCCCUUCGAUCGGCUAUCGAGAUUUCGCGAGCUGGUUCGUUAUAUUCCCGGCUGCGUAAUUAUCACGAGAGAAAUAUUUUAGGACGCGGGAGGACGCAGGAAAUUUUUAACUGAUCUCCGUUAUAUUUUUCACUUACAGUUUACGAUCCAAUCUUGCGCGAUGCGAAUGGAGAAUUAACGAGCCAGAAAUUUACCGUUCUUCGAUCGAAUCGUAUGCAUAUACAUAUUAUACAAAUACACACACACACACACACACACACACACACACCACACCCAUAUAUGUAUGUCGGAAUUAAAGAGAGUGAUGAUCAGCACGUUUAAUAAGCGAUUAGCUCGCACAGCCGACUGUCACUCGAUCUAAAGAAAUGGAUCUGUGAAGUCUUUAGAUCGUCCACUCCUCAUCCGAUUAAUUUGAAACUUUUUAUAUUCUCUAUGCAAAUAAAUAAUGAAAGUUGUUUCAA